CCCGGAUGUCUAAACAACAUGCACCGAAAAAAAUAUCUCCGAUGUUUUUGAUGUUUUCUCGCGCAUUAUAAUUCGUAAGCAUGGAUAUUACUCAAUAAAUCAAGGAGACUAAUAAUUGGAUUAGUAGGAACAUGAAUAUUACGUCUCAGAUGAGCCAGGGACACUAUAAUACGCACAAGAAAAUUGUACCCGAACCGGAACCUAAAAAAAUCUUCUGCAACAGUGCAUGAUUUUUAAUAAUUUUACUAAAAUCAACAAAAAUAUGUGAUUGAUGCUUAGAUCUGGUCUCCGGGCUUUUUGAAGAUUAAAUAUCAGACAUUUCUUUUUGAGGUCAUAUUGCAAAGUCAUUGAUAUGGAUUUAAAGUUAUCAGGAGUUGCUUUUCUCUGUCUGGUGUUUGGUUCAUUUGUCCAAGGUGCAGUAUAUGUCAGCAAUGGUACAAGUAUACUGAAAGUUGAGCCCCUGUCUAAUAGGACCCACACAGUUAUAACUCAGGCUGGAAGAAUAGUUGGUUUAGGCCUGGAUAUAUCUAGAGGACUUUUAUUCUGGAGCAACAUUCACCCCCAACAUCAUGGCAUCUACAGAGCUACUAUAGACGGCAAAAACAUAGAAAACAUACUUCCUGAUAUAGAAGAGUGCAAUGGACUUACUAUAGACUGGCUGAGCCACACGAUAUACUUCACUGACAGCUCCACCUAUAGUAUAGGUAGAGUUGGUUACGAUGGACAACAUAGGCAGAUUGUGAUAUCUACUGGCUUGCAGAGACCCAGGGGUAUUGUGGUGGACCCCAUCAAUGGCUAUUUAUUCUGGGGAGAUCAGGGCACUGGUACUCUGGAGCGCAGUAGACUUGAUGGAUCUGAAAGGAGUCUAUUGAAGAAUACAGACCUAACUUGGCCAAACCAGCUAGCUAUUGAUAUAAGACAAAGAAAACUUUAUUUGGUAGAUGGGUUUCACAAGACUGUAAUGUCUUUAACUUAUGACGGUAAAACAUUCGUACAACAACUUCCAAGAAUGCAACAUUCCCAGCCUCUCUUUGGUUUAGCAGUAGAUGAUACUUCCCUUUAUAUGACUACCUGGACUCCAGGGACAUUGAUAAUACUUCCACUAUAUAGGGAAGGCAGUUUACCAGAUGCUACUAUACCCCUGCACUGUAGGAAUGCAUUCAGUUUAGCAGUAGACAGCCCAGCAACACAACCAACUAGUGGUAACCCAUGUCACCAAGAGUCUCAGGGAGGCUGUAGCAAGGGAUGCUUAGUAACAGGAGCUGAUAGCUAUAGAUGUGUCUGUCCGGAUAUAGAGCAGCAACUGGCAGCAGAUGGCCUCAAUUGUAAAGAUGUUGAAUCAGUUCUCUUGUAUGCUGAAAUGGACCAAGGUGGUAUCUGGUUUGUGACGUUACAUGGGAAACGUAAAGUGAAAAAGAGGCUGGUUGCCAGUAGCAACAAUCCAGUGGCUCUAGCCUAUGACCCUCUUCAUCAGAUGGUCUACUGGAGUGAUGUAAGAGACAGGGCUAUUUAUAAAGUUCAUGUGUUUGCUGGUAACAAGCAGGUUGUUCUCAGUUCAUCACAAGGCAUAGGAGUAGUAGAUGGAUUGACAGUAGACUAUAUAUCCCGAAAGCUCUAUUUUACCAAUAGAGGGCGCUCUGCCCCAGCAGCUGAUGGUGCCAUCUACAACUGGCAGCGUGUAGAGAUGGUGGACCUUGAAAGAGGGGGGCGUUACGUCAUUGCAGACAAUGUUGUAAAACCUAGAGCUAUAGCAGUAGACAUGCAGAGAAAAUACUUAUACUACUCUGAACUUGGUCAGAGUCCCAGAAUAAUCCAGACCUGGCUGGAUGGAUCUCAUGCUAAGGUUGUGAAAAACACAAAGUUGAGCAACCCCAAUACUUUGACAGUGGCCCAUGGGCGCUUGUACUGUGUUGAUUCCAAUUAUGAUCAAAAGAUAGAGGCUCCAUUGAUCAGUGUAUUUGAUGCAGAUUUAGAUAGAUGGCAGCACAUUAGUAUGAAUGAGCAUCUGCAGGUGCCAUUUGGGCUGUCAGUGCAUGGUAAUAUAAUCUACAUCUCUGAUUGGUCAACCUUAGAAUCUCACACAGGACAUGUUCUGGCAUAUGAUACAUCAUCACAGACUUCUCAGAUGUUGAUGGAAGAUCUCCGAAACCCCUCAGGUGUAAUCUACACAGAUAUAUCCAUUGAGAAUACAGUGCAAGAUCCCUGUGAGACAUCCACAUGUACAGAUCUUUGUGUGUCCCUUCCUGUGACCACCUCACAGCAACACUAUAGAUGUCUCUGCUCUGAUACAAGUUUUGCAGUCUAUGAUAACACAACCAACACUUGUCAAGAACCAGAGAACUUUGCUCUGUUUGCUGAUCUUAACAUGGUGAAGCUGAUACCCCUAGAUCCCCACAACUCCAAGCAACAUGUGAACAUCAUUGCACAUGCCAACUACACCUCAAACAUUGUUGCCCUCACCUUUGACCCUGAUACUUACAAGAUAUACUGGAGUGACCUCAGAAGAGAAAGUAGAAGAAAAAUCAGGAAAGAGAUCUGGGUCAGCGAUAUUCGCACUGGAAAGAAAAAUAUUUUCCGACGCACCCAAGUUGCUGUUGAUGGCCUCGCUUUGGAUUCAACCAAUAAGAGGCUAUAUUGGGUGGGCUAUUCUCGUCGCCAGGGGCACAUUGCCAGAAUGGGGCUGGAUGGUAACAGAGCCACCUAUAUGGAAGUUAUUGGAAACUUGGACACGCCACGGGCACUGACAUUAGAUAAUCAACACAGCUAUAUAUUCUGGAGUGAAUAUGGUAAAAAGUCGGGAAUUCCAAAGAUAAGUCGCUCCAAUCUAGAUGGCGACAGUGUUAAGGUGAUCAUGACGAAGGGUCUAAGGUGGCCCAAUGCUGUUGCUCAAUAUGGUGAAAAACUAUAUGUUGCUGAUGGAGCUUUUAGGAGAAUUCAUGUCAUGGACCUUGAUGGUGGCAACUGUCGGGAGCUGCUACAUGUCACUGGUUUGAUGGAUCACAUAUUUGGCAUGACGGUUUACCAUGAUUUCUUGGUGUACACUGAUUGGUACAAGAAUGAGACAUCCAUGUUGAACCUGAAGACAGGGUUUGUUCAGCCACUAGCACGCCAUCUAUACAGACCUACACAAGUUGUUCUUCACCAUCCAGCUCCCUUGACAGAUGUGGCAUGUAGAAACACUAGGUGUACUGAUAGAUGUAUGGCUGUACCAGGGGGAUACCAAUGUUACUGCCUACCAGGGAGAGUUAUGACUGAAGACUUGGAAACAUGUGAAGCAGGAGAAUCAGAGCUUGAGCCUACAGGGUUCUUUAGGUGUAACCCUCAAUGUGUUGAUCCACUGGUGUGUGCCAGGAUAGUUGGAACAACACGUUACUCUUGUGUAUGCCCACCUGGAUUACAGCUGAACCAAGGAGAAUGUAAAGGUUGUGAGGUAGGGAGCUAUAAGGCACAUGUGGGCAACAACUCAUGUACCCCAUGCCCUAGUGAAGCCCAUACAGAUGGAAUAGGUGGCAGCACCAAGUGCAUCUGCAGACGACCAGGAGAAACAUGGAGCUCUGAAAAUGGAGUCUGUAUAAAAAGUGAUACUACCACAGGGGUAGCACAUGUUGCCACAGCAACAAUAAGGCCUGUAAUCAGACCAACAGAGCCACCUAUUGUUCCAUCCACCACACCAGCACUGCCUAGGUUUGUCAACUGCCCUGACAGCCUUGUAGAGUUAAUCCUUCCUGCCAACCAGUCACACGUAAACUUCAAUGUUUCCUUGACAGCCUUGGAUCACCAAGGCAACAAUAUUGAUAUUGAAGGUUCCCAUAAUGCACCACCAAACCUGAGAUUUGAGUGGCGAGGAAAGGAGGGUGAUACCCAGGAGUAUGUGCAUUAUAAAGCAGAGGAUGAAUUUGGAAGAGAGGCUGAGUGUAAAUUUGCUGUAAAAGUGCAAGAUCAACAAGCUCCAAUCUUCACUAGUUGCCCUGGAGAUAUUGAGGUCGAGACAUCAAUGGAUGUUGCUAUAGUUACAUGGAAAGACCCUAAUUUUUGGGAUAAUGUACAGGCACGCUUGGUGCGUCCCCGCCAAGACAGUGGUUCAGAGUUUGCUGUGGGAGAGUGGCAGAUACAGUAUCAAGCUGUAGAUGGGGAGGGCAAUAUAGCAAAUUGCAAGUUUCACUUAAGAGUCAAACAAACAAACCUUGUGUGCAUGCUGCCAGUAGAUCCCCCAAACAAUGGGGCACUUGUGUGUGGGGAGAACCAUAUGGGCUACAUGUGCUGGACAGUGUGUGACAAUAGGACCCAUGUACUUUACUAUGAAGAUGACUACCAUGUGUUUCAAUGUGGAACCAACAAGGAGUGGCUUACAGCUUUCCCUAUGGAUUACAGCACAAAAGCUUGCCUUAGGAAGAUGCCCAUUGUUGAUGCCCACCAGGAAUUGAGACUGACAUUUAAUGGUCCUUGUCGUGACAAUGAUGCUGAGUUUACCCAACAUAUCUCUAAGCAGAUUGUGAAGAAUCUCCAUAGCAACGGAUUAUGUAACCCUGACAACAGCCAUGGUUUCCACUUUAGUUGUAAUGUUGAGGAUGUUCAGGUGCAAUGUGGCCCUGUACUGUUACGGCGGAAACGGAAGAAGAGGAAUUUCAUCAGUCGGCUUAUGGAACUAUCAAUGAGGAUGCAUAUAGCCUUGAAUGCCCGGAAAAACGUGUCGAACAUAAGCGUUAUACAAGAAUAUGUUAACAACCACAGCGCUGAUCAGAUCAAAGAGGCCCUGGAGAACAACAUGUCCAUCAGUUUCUUCGAUCAGAGCUCAAGUACCCCUGGCUCAAUAUGGCUCGGUAUCCUAGAGUGGGAGUGUGGUGAGGGAGAUAUGAAGAUGAACAAUUCUUGUGUGGCAUGCCCUGUAGGUACCUGGUACGACAACACAAGUAAAAUCUGUGUGGAUUGUCCUGCUAAUCACUACCAAGAUGAGGAGAGACAGAUGAAAUGUAAAACUUGCCCUGAUGGAACAUGGUCUCAACAUGGAUCAUAUAAUCUUACAAUGUGUUCUGUGCCAUGGAUCAGGGCUACUCCUGGUAUAGUCAUGAUUGUGUGUAUGGUUGGCGGCAUACUCAUCAUGAUCGGUGUAGCAGUCCUUAUUUACUGCAUGUGCCGUAGAGCCAAAAAUAAAAUUAAAAAGUCCAAAAAUGAUACUCAAAUAGAUAUGCCUAAUUUGGAGACAAGGCUACCUGCGUCCUUACCAAACAAUGCUCCAAGCUUUAAACAUGAUAACGGUGGGGUAUAUACUCGUGUAGAACCAUCAGCCCCACCCUUGCCAGCUUAUGGGGCUGUUAUCUUUGAGGAUUGUCAUGCACAUACACACAUUCCGUAUAGCAACGGCAUCCAUAUUGAAUCGUCGCCCCCUGGUGAGGAACUGGAGAACACUGCUCCAUCAGAGGAUGAUUAUCACGAUUUCCGGGACAGGCCGAGCUCCAUGUCCCCUACAAGUGGGGUGGAUAGCUCCAGUUCCUGCAGUGAAAACACUAAUUAUAAUGACCUUAAUGCUGGCAAACCGUCUGUCUCAUCGCUUAGUGACGAUAAUAGCCAGGAGGUACAACCAGAGCCAUCUAUCCAGAGACAGACUGGAGAACAUCGCAAUAUUCUGAUCGAUGAUAGAAACUUGGAUCAGAUGGAUCAUAGAAAUAAAAUUAAUAAAUGGGCGGAGAUUGGAGUAUAGCAGUGGGUAAACAGCAGGAUAAACUGAUAGUUUAUAGCAGUCACUAUUUAAGGAAACCAUAGUUUAAACUAUUGUUUGAUAUCCAUAAUUUGUUAACAGCCAUAAUUACAGCAUAACUAUUGCUUUAAAAACAACCAUAACUUGGUUAUAGUUUUAAUAAAUGAGUCUUAAAGUCUAAACUAUUGGUGAACGGCGAAAUAACAUAAAUUAUUGUUAACCGACAAAAUAUUGGCUAAUAGUUAUAGUAACAUUGUGUAUUGGUUGAUGUCACAUUGCUUAAGGGUAGAAUCAACAAUAGCAAGCAUAGCAAGCAAAUUGUUCCAAUUUCAGUAACCAUGGAGAUUGAAUUAUUCCUAAUUAUGUUAUGAUCAUAUUGUCAUUGGAACAAGGAAAUAGAUCUUUUAGGAGAUAAUAUAUUUGAGAUGGUAAAGAAUGCUUUGCUAGGUCAUUUGUACAUGUUGCUUGCAAUUUUGUUACCCUCUAUAAUUCUGAUUGUAGUU